AUGUCGCGAUCUGGCGCCCUAUCCAGCAAAAACAUAUCUGGAGGAAUGUCUGAGGGUAGCACUUUUAACAAAGCAUGUAGGUAAGUCAUCAAAGCAUCCCAUUACACACUUUCGGGUAUAUCCCUCAAGGGCAGGUUAUUCCUCCUGGACCUGUCCUCUUGGUCCAUGAGCUUAUAUUCAUAUGAUUCCAACUGGGACUGCUACACAUGGUCCAUCAAGCUGUUAUGAUCCUCCACAAAUUCAUGCAUUUUGGACUUAUGUGGGAUGUCCUAAUUCCCAAGUCUUGGAUGCAGUGUUUACAUUAAAAAGCCUGCAAGGACAGGCUAUAGACACCAGAACAACUACAUUAAGCUGUAAUUGUUAUGGUGACUAUAGUGUCACUUUAACAGGUAAUGUCUAUAGAAAUAUAAAAUACAUAUAUACCAAGCGGUGUUUUUUUAAUUCAAUUUUUUUGUAAAGAAAGGAUUUUAUUCCAAUAUAAUGAGGGAUACGUUUAGUGACUAUACUUCUCCCUAAAUCAAAGAAAGAAUAAGGCACUCAGAAUAUGUGAACACAUGGUGUACUUUAAUCCAUACAAACAAGUUUCUUGGCUUGUGAAGGGCUCAGUGGAACAGAAUUGUUGUCACUUGGGUGUGUGGAUUAAAUCAGGCCUUUGGGGUGUGCGAGCAGUUCAGGGUGCCAUGGCAACAGAGGCACCAGGCAGACAACAGCUCACAGUCUGAAGCUGCAAUCAGCAGAUCUCCCCAAUAUACACUACUUAUUAAGUAGCAGUUACAGUAGUAUAGUGACAGGACAUUCUCUUUAGCAAUACGGCCCGGAACCAUUCCCCUUUCUGGUUCCUGUGCUGAGUGCACUUUGAGAGGGGGACAGGAUAUGAUGUCAUACCUCUUCACACACAGAACCAGCACAGUGUGAGAUAUAGAGGAAAUUCUGCUAUGAAGGCAGGAACAGAGAAAGCGAGUGGCAUGCAAAGCAUGGGUUAAAGGUAAGAGCAAAGAAAGUGGUGAUGGGAUGAGAUAGAAAAAGGCAAGAGGGGAUGGAAGAAGAGACAACUGGUAUGAGGUAUGGGAGAGAAUAACAGUAUUGGGAGAGACACGUGAAGUUUGGGAAAGAGGGAGAGACUUAAUAUGGGGGUGGAUAGACAGACUAAAAUAUUAAUACUGGGGAUGGUGGUAUAGACAGCCUGACAUUAAUAUUGGGGAUGGUGGUAUAGAUAGACUGAAAUAUUAAUAUUGGGGAUGGUGGUAUAGAUAGACAGACUGAAAUAUUAACACUGGGGCUGGUGGUAUAGACAGCCUGAAAUAUUAACACUGGGGAUGGUGGUAUAGAGAGCCUGUCAUUAAUAUUGGGGAUGGUGGUAUAGAUAGACAGACUGAAAUAUUAAUAUUGGGCAUGGUGGUAUAGAUAGACAGACUGAAAUAUUAAUAUUGGGGAUGGUGGUAUAGACAGCCUGACAUUAAUAUUGGGGAUGGUGGUAUAGACAGCCUGUCAUUAAUAUUGGGGAUGGUGGUAUAGAUAGACAGACUGAAAUAUUAAUAUUGGGGAUGGUGGUAUAGACAGCCUGAAAUAUUAACACUGGGGAUGGUGGUAUAGACAGCCUGACAUUAAUAUUGGGGAUGGUGGUAUAGAUAGACAGACUGUAAUAUUAAUAUUGGGGAUGGUGGUAUAGACAGACUAAAAUAUUAACACUGGGGAUGGUGGUAUAGACAGCCUGAAAUAUUAACCCCUUAAGGACGGAACCAAAUGUACACGUUGUGAACAAAACAAAACGUAAACAAAACCUGGCAUUUGCGCUACAUGUCUGUCCAAACGUAAUUCACCUCUUUCAUAUUAAAUGCACCCUCACUUAUUAUAUAUCAUUUUAUUCAGGGGAAACAGGGCUUUCAUUUAAUAUCAAAUAUUUAGCUAUGAAACAUAAUUUAAUAUGAAAUAAAUGGGAGAAAAUAAAAAAAAACUUUUUUAGUUCUACAUGACAUUUUAACUGUGAAUGUCAAAAUACUGUUUGCUUUUACUGCAAUAAAAUACACAUAUUUGUAGUCAGCAAAGUAUCACGUGUAAAACAGUACAGGUUUUAUGGUGCUUUGGGAAGUUACAGGGUCAAAUAUAGCACGUUACAUUUGAAAUUGAAAUUCACCAGAUUGGUUACAUUGCCUUUGGGACUUUAUAGUAGCCCAGGAAUGAAAUUUACACCCAUAAUGGCAUACCAUUUGCAAUAGUAGACAACCCAAGGUAUUGCAAAUGGGGUAUGUCCAGGCUUUUUUAGUAACCAUUUGGUCACAAACACUGGCCAAAGUUAGCGUUAAUAUUUGUUUGUGUGUGGAAAAAUGCAAAAAACACCAAUUUUGGCCAGUGUUUGUGACUAAUUUUUUUUUUUUUUUAAAUAGAUGCAAUAAAAUGUCUUUCUUUUCCCUUAGUGAGCUUUUAGGUAAAAGUGCUCUCUUAUUUCUUGUUUUAUGCUUGAGACUUUUUAGGUUUUUUACAGGAUAUAUAACUUAGGUGAUACAUAAUAAUACGUUUCGAUUAUUUUUUAUGUAAUUUAUAUUGCUUAUUAUUAUUCUUCUAAAAAAAAAAAAAUGUUCUUGGCUUUUAAAGAGAAUUUGCGCUUUGUGUUAUUUAGACAAUAUGCCACUACUAAGAUCUAGGUAUGUUAAAGGGACACUAUAGUCACCAGAAGAACUACAGCUUAUUGAAUUUGUUCCGGUGAGUAGAAUCAUUACCUUCAUGCUUUUUGCUGUAAACACUGUCUUUUAAGAGAAAAUGCAGUGUUUACAUUACAGCCUAGUGAUAACUUCACUGGCCACUCCUUAUAUGGCUGUUAGAGAUCCUUCCUGGGUCAUGGCUGCCUAAAAUGUAUCCAAACAUUCAAUGUCUCCUCCCUCUGCAUGCAGACACUGAACUUUCCUCAUAGAGAUUCAUUGAUUCAAUGCAUCUCUAUGAGGAGAUGCUGAUUGGCCAGGUCUGUGUUUGAAUCAUGCUGGCUCUGCCCCUAUUUGUCAGUCUCAGUCAAUCCUAUGCGGAAGCAUUGUGAUUGGAUCAGGCUACCACUUCUGAUGAUGUCAGCAGGCAGUGGUGGGCAGGUCUAAAGAAAACAGGAACAGAGCCAGCAGCUCCAGACUACAUACAAUACAGUAAGAUUUCUAUAAAGACUGCAUUUUCCAUCCUGCAGUGAAACACCUACCACUCUCAGGUACUGACUGAAGCUGGAAGACACUCCACCUCCUGUAUUCCUGAUUGCUAACAUUCUCAUGUAUUACUAUAGAUUUGUAACCAUUUUACCUGUAGGUUGUAAUAUUCUGUGCAUGCAGUAUGUACUAUAGUCAUUUAAUGUUUCUGACCAAUACUUCAUGUAGACAGUUAUUCAUAUUUUGGGUGAUAGAAUUUGGUUGCUAAACAUUUCAAUAGUAAAUAACACAUGGAUACUCUACACCCCUCCUCUCCCCCUCUCUCACUCUCCUUUUCUCCUCCCCAGUUGUAAAUACCUCCAUAUAACUGUUCAAUCCCAUGCUCUGUUCUUCAGGCCUCACUCAACUCAGUGAAAGACUGCAUUUUUUUCUCCCCACCCGGGCUCCCCCUAAAUAUAUAGCAUGCUCCUCCAGCUAUUUGAGAUUCUCACCCAAUUACCUCUUCAUUCCCCUAACAUCUUAACAAUAGCUGCUUCUCUGUUAACUCUUUCAGCCAUCACCUCCAAACAUCCCCUGCUACCUCUUGUCUCAAAUCCCCAUGGUAUCCUUUAGAUGGUAAACUCACGGGCCAUCUAGCCACGCACUUUGUAUAAAAGAGCUCCAAUGGCUAGAUAUCAGCUUACGGGCAGGGCUCUCUCUACCUCUUGUAUUUGUCUGUGUAUAUUGUACGUUUCUCCUCUAAUUGUACAGCGCUGCGGAAUCUGUUGGCGCUUUAUAAAUAGCAGUAAUAAAUAAAUAAAUGAGGGGCUCAGGAUGGCUAGAUGGUGGUUUUAACCCUAUAGGGUCAGGAAUACAUGUUUGUGUUCCUGACCCUAUAGUGCUCCUUUAAUGUGUAUUUGACUAAUGGACCUGAGAGAGGACUUAGCACACAAAUUUAGUGAUUUAUGCAAGGAAUGAUUAUGUUUGUUGAAACAAACCCACCCAGGUGGGUGGACUUCUAAAUGCAGACUGGAAGGAGAUGAGAAAGUGAUUUGAGGAAGCUGAUAGGCAAAACGUGUCAUCAUGCACUCCCACGUCAUGUUACCUCAUCACGUGGUCUGGACGCUUACCCUGCCUCCCGGAAGUGGCCGUGUGAGAGAUCUGGAAGAUCUGAAGUUUUGCAGCUGGUAGCAAACUGAAUGGUGAAAAGACUGUACACAGCACACAUUCGAAAGAAGGAGGUGGACUGGGGACGUUCUUUUAAAGUGUUAUGUGAAUAAAUAUUUGCGUCCUCUCCUGCAUCAUCUACCCUAUUUGUGGUCUACACGUGCUGAAAGUUAGAGCAGGCUCAUCUGCUCUCUAUUUGUGAGUGCUUCUUUAUAUUUUACACCUAUAAUAUUUUUUUUAAAAGAUCACACUAUGUUCUGUUUCUGUAUUUUUUUUUUUUUGAGUACUAACUCGGAUGGUAUAGAGCUGCCUGCAAUUUUAACAACAUAUUGUUGUAAGUGUUUUAUACAACUUUCCUGGCCAUAUCCAUGGCAGCACAACAAUGGGUUAGCUCCUCCCUAUCCCUAAUUAGACAGGAACAGAAUUAAAAUCAGGGGUAUAAAUACCCCCUCCCACCAAUGGUCCCUUAGUCUUUUUUUUCCUGUCCUAUCCCUAUAGGACUCCAGUCAUUGUAGACUGUGAACAUACUCUUUUCUCUUUGGCUUACCUGAGGGUUUUUACCUUCGGCCUUAAGGGAGUUCAGCCUCUCUUCCUUGGGAAGUCUCCAGUACGUGGCCCUGCGCAAAGGAUAUCCCCCUGGAGAUGCUCCUUUAGUGACCGGGAGCCACUUGCAGUGACCCUAGGGGUAGCAAGCAAAAUAUUGCCAGUAAGGAACAUUCCCUGCAGUAACCAAGCGGUAGCAGGAAGUGGCAGAAGAACCUCAUCUACAGAAGAUUCUUCUUACCUUUACCUGGCAGGCACAGUAAGUUUUAAUGCAUUUAUUGUGUAUUAUUUUACUUAUGGCUGUCAGGUUUUCCCCCUUCCACCUCCUUUGUAUGUGCCAUAGAUUUUGUAUUUUUUUUUUUUUCUCCCCUUUUCCCCUUUAAUUUUGAAUUUACCGGGCUUGCCGCCAUCUUGCCGGCGUCCUCUUGGUGCUCUGCGCGUGCGCGGACUGUGGGCGCGUCUUUCCCGGUCCCCCGCGCAUGCGCGGUCCAGCCACCACGUCGUGGCUUCUUCCGCGCAUGCGCGGACCGGUAGCUACGUCUGUUGCGUCUCCGCGCAUGCGCGGAUUAGGGGGCACGUCUUGCGAACUUCCGCGCAUGCGCGGAGUAUUGUGCACAUGCGCGGAGUGUUCUUCCGGGUUCGCGGUGACGUCAUCGGUGACGUCACUCGCCACCUUUAAAAAGGCGCCAAAUUUGAACUUUCUUACCUGUUUCAGGUUACCUGGACUCUGGGGAACUCUUCCAGUAUCUUUUGUUCCAGUUUUGUUCGAUUUUUCAAACCUCCAGUUUCUGUUGCUCAGGUAUGGGUUUAUUUCUUAAAGGCACAUUUCCCUUUUUUCACAGAUUGAGUUUUUAUGCUUUUUUGAGUAUAAAUAUUUCAAUUCCUUCCUAUAUUAUGACAGGGAAGAUGGACAAAUCUUUCUCAUCAGAGGCUUCCAUUCAUAAACAAAGGUCACAAUCCAAAGGUUAUAGGUAAGCCAUUAUUUUUCCCUCUCUCUAUCUAGACCAAACAAAAGAGUGCAUGGUUUAAUUAUAUUUCCCUAUUAUGUCAGCUCUACGGGAAUUAAAGCAUCCAGAACUUCCAAAGGCAAGUCGCCUAUGAAGAAGAGAUGCGAAGCCUGCAACAAUAAACCUCUGGAAGGCAGGCGUCUCUGCGCAGAAUGCCUCUCUACAGCCGCAGGCACUUCCACUACUGCCCCUACUCCAGAUAUGAUGGAGUUUAUUAAACAAGCGGUCUCCCAGGGCAUCAGAGAAGCUGGCAAGUCCCACAAGAGGCCAAGAUUCGCUGAACCCUUGGGGUUUUCUCGGGAAGAAUCCUCAGAUGAGUCCUUAGACUCCUACAGGGACGGGCUAUCCUCCUCUGAAGAAGAAUCUUAUGCCCCAGAAUUCAUGGAGCCUGCUCAAGUUGAUCAUUUAAUAGCCAGAGUGCGCAAAUCCUUGAGUCUCAAGGAAAUUUCCUCUGAGCAACCUUCUACUUCUAGUAGAUAUUUUGCUGAUCUGAAGAAAAAGAGAGCUACGUUUCCAGCUCAUGAGACAAUUAAGGAGCUGAUUGAAGACGAGUGGUCUAAUACUCGUAAGAAACUGACCUCUCAAGGCAGAGUUGCUCGUCUUUAUCCAUUUGAGAAAAAAGACUCCAGCUGUUGGGAUUCGGCUCCUAAGGUAGAUGCGGCCAUAGUAAGACUGGCCAAACACACUACUUUACCAGUUGACGACGCAGGUUCAUUCAGAGAUCCCAUGGAUAGGAAAAUGGAUCUGAACCUCACCAAAGCUUACGUGGCUGCAGGCACAGGCCUCCAUCCAGCAGUCGCUCUUACCUCAGUUUCCAGAGCUUUAAAGAUCUGGAUGGAAAAUCUAGAGGCAGACAUCCAAAGAGGCAGGAGCAGAUCCAGUCUUCUAGAAAGCCUAAAAGAUAUAUAGCUUGCAGUAGACUUUACGUCUGACGCUUCGGUGGAUCUGGUUAAAGCCUUUGCCAGAAAUAUGGCCCUCUAUGGUUAAGGUCCUGGAUAGCAGAUACCUCUUCUAAAUCUAGUUUAUGUGCCUUACCUUUCCACGGCGACAUGUUGUUUGGGAAAAACUUGGAUGAAUGUAUUAAAAGAGCAGCUGAAGGCAAAGGAUCGUAAACCCAGAGGUUCCUUUCGAUCCAAAAGAUAUCCAGACUAUUUUUCCUUUCGAGAUGCCAGAUCUUACAAACCUGGAAGAGAGCAUGGUAGAUCCCAGCCUUGGAGAGGUGGACAGUCAUCCAGAGGCGGUAAAUCUAGAGGCACCUCAUUCCACAAGAACCCCAGAUCUUUAUGACUGGUUUCCCCCCCAGUCAGCAGGUGUGGGGGCACGUCUGUUGCUCUUCCAAGACGUAUGGGAAUUAUCCACCACAGACAGAUGGGUGUUGGAUAUCAUAAGAAGGGGAUAUCGUUUAGAAUUUUUCAGAACCCCUCCAGCUUACUCCUUUCAAACUACCAAAUGGCCAGGAGACGCAGCAAAAAGACAGGCCUUGAAAGAUUUCAUCUCGACGCUCCAGGAAGGAAAUGUCAUCAUUCCAGUUCCUCAGCAACAACAAGGUCAAGGGUUUUACUCUCACCUGUUUCUCACCAGAAAAGCUUCACGUGGUUGGAGACCUAUCUUAGACUUAAGCAGGCUGAAUCGGCAUCUCCUCAUCCGAAAGUUCAAGAUGGAAUCUAUUCAAUCCAUCAUAAAGGUCGUCUUUCCACUCCAAUGGAUGAUUUCUAUAGACUUGGCAGACGCUUAUUUCCACAUCCCCAUCGCUCCAGAACAUCAGAAAUUCCUUCGGUUUGCGGUGGAACAAGGGCAUUUUCAAUUCCGAGCCCUGCCGUUUGUUCUCAGCACAGCUCCAAGAACAUUCUCCAUGGUCUUGGUUGUUUUGAUUGCGGAACUCAGGAAAAAGGGCAUAGCCAUUUACCAUUACUUAGACGACAUCCUCAUCUUGGCAGAAGACACAGAUACUCUUCAGACCCAUGGACAGGUUUGUCUACGUUUUCUACGCCGUCAUGGUUGGAAGAUAAACGAGAACAAGAGCCAAUUACAGCCGGUUCAGGAGAUGAAAUAUUUGGGGGGCCAUAUUCAACACUCUAGCAGGCACAGUGCAACUGUCUCCAGAAAGAGGUACGAAAUUGAUGUACAAAGUCAAAGACAUGUUGGCAUCCAAUGUGACCUCAGCAGAAAGAUGCAUGAGCCUAUUGGGAUCAAUGUCCUCCACCAUCGGGCUGACAAGAUGGGCCCAGUGGAGGAUGAGGAUUUUCCAGAAGAACUUCAUCCUUCAAUUCAGAUCGAAAAGUCCACUUCAGCCUAUCAAGAUACCCCCACAGGUCCAUCAAUCUCUGAUUUGGUGGUUACAGAAGAAAUCCCUGUUCAGAGGGUUUCCAUUGGGGAACAUCACAUGGACAGUUAUUACCACGGACGCAAGCCAGUGGGGAUGGGGUGCCCACCUACAAGAUCAGUUUAUCCAAGGGAAAUGGUCCUUUCUAGUAACAGAGACUCCCUCCAACCAAUUAGAGCUUCUGGCAGUUCUAAAGGCUCUAGAGAAUUUCCUUCCCCUCAUACGCUUCAAGUGGAUCAAGAUCAGAUCAGACAAUUCCACUGUAGUUGCCUACAUCAACCAUCAAGGGGGAACAAGGAGUCGGAAAAUGAUGUCCAUCAUGAAGCCCCUAAUGUCCUUCUCCCAGAAGCAUCUUGCGUGCCUAUCAGCGAUCCAUCUUCCGGGAGUCCAGAAUUCCAUAGCGGAUUACCUGAGCAGAGUGGAAUUAGAUCCAGGAGAAUGGAGUCUGUCAAACAAGGUGUUCAAAGACAUUUCUCAAGUAUGGGGCAUGCCACAAGUCGACCUUAUGGCAACACACAAGAACAGGAAGGUGCAGCACUUCUUUUCAAAAAGCAUCGAUCCCCAAGCAUCAGGAAGGGAUGCUCUUUCAAUCGAUUGGGAUUUUCACCUAGGCUACGCAUUUCCUCCUACGCCCCUCAUCUUUCCUCUUCUGAGACGAUUGAGGCAGGAGAAGGUAUCCAUCAUCCUCAUAGCCCCCUUUUGGCCUCGCAGGCCGUGGUUUCCUCUGUUGUUGAGCCUCUGCAGCGCAGACCCCUGGCAGCUUCCAAAUAUUCCGUCCCUUCUACAUCAGGGUCCUGUCCUCCAUCCAGACCCUGCCUCCCUCAAGCUGAUGGCAUGGAAAUUGAAAGGGAAAGGUUGAACUGCAAGGGAUUUUCCCAUUCUGUCAUUGAAACUCUACUGCAAGCAAGGAAACGCUCUACAUCUUCCACUUACUACAGAAUCUGGGACGUUUUUUCCUCCUGGGCUGCAUCCAACCACAGGAAUAUUCAGUCUAUCUCCACCAAGGAGAUCCUUGAAUUUCUACAAUCCGGUCUUGAUAAGGGUCUUAGCUACAAUACCCUGAAGGUACAUAUUUCAGCUCUUUCGGCCCUUACGGACCAGAGAUGGGCCUUAAACUCAGAUGUGAUCAGAUUUAUGGCAGCAGUUUUGAAAAUCAAGCCUCCUAUCAAGCCCUUCGCUCCACCAUGGGAUCUUCCCUUGGUAUUAAAGGCUCUGAGCAAUUCUCAUUUUGAACCUCUUGAAUCCAUCUCUCCUCAGGUACUCACCAUUAAGACGGUUCUAUUGGUGGCCUUAGCCUCAGGUAGACGAGUGUCUGAACUCCAUGCCUUAUCUACGAAAGAGCCCUUUACAGUUUUUCAUAAGGACAGAGUUGUUUUGCGAACUGUUCCCGAAUUUCGUCCUAAAGUGGUGUCAGCUUUUCACAUCAACGAAGAUAUAAUACUCCCGGCUCUUCAUUCAGAGUCUUCUACUGAGAAUGAUGAAUCUCUGCCUUCUCCAUUGGAUCUUGUUCGAUGUCUGUCUGUCUAUCUACAAAGAUCUUCAGCCUGGCGGAUCUCUCAAAGGCUAUUCGUUAUCCCCAACGGCCCCAGAAGAGGCCUUCAGGCUUCUAAGAUGGCCAUCAGUAGAUGGAUUGUUGCCGCCAUCGUUCAGGCUUACCAAGCCUCAAAGAUGAAGGUUCCGGAGGGGCUCAAGGCUCACUCCACGAGGUCCCUUUCCUCUUCCUGGGCAGCAGCUGCUAAUUUGUCACCCGAGCUGAUUUGCAAAGCAGCCACUUGGUCUUCUCCAAACACGUUUAUUAAGCAUUACCAGAUUGACGUUAAAGCCAGCCAAUCAGACUCUUUUGGCAAAUCAGUCUUAUCCGCAGUCAACUCUUCUUGAUUAAUUUCUAUUUGCACGUGUGAUUUCUAAUACACCAGCAUUUAAAAAUGUUCUUGAGUCUGUGUUUCUUUAUUCCCUCCCUUGGUUAUUGCUUGGGUAUUACCCAUUGUUGUGCUGCCAUGGAUAUGGCCAGGAAAGAUGAAAAUUUAUCCAUACUUACCGUAAUUUUCCUUUCCUGGUCAUAGGCCAUGGCAGCACUUAGAUCCCGCCCUGGGAUAUUGCUGUUAACAAGACUAAGGGACCAUUGGUGGGAGAGGGUAUUUAUACCCCUGAUUUUAAUUCUGUUCCUGUCUAAUUAGGGAUAGGGAGGAGCUAACCCAUUGUUGUGCUGCCAUGGCCUAUGACCAGGAAAGGAAAAUUACGGUAAGUAUGGAUAAAUUUUCAUCUUUCUCAUUGGAAGCACUUUUGCAAAGGAGUGCACAUCACGUAUGGUUCUAUGCCCAAAACCAUUCCUGAGAAUUAGGCUGUGCGGUCAGUCUUCUAGAAAUAACAAAAAUAGGUGGAUAUACUUGACAAAUACAAUAGCUUCUUUUUUGUAUGAUUAUUUUACUCAUUGUCUAAUUGCGAUGUAAUCAUACACCUGAAAAAAUAAAGAAUUUUAAAAAACAAACAAAAAAAAAACAUGACAGUUGUCUUGUACGUAGAUCAGACACCAUCAAAUAUGUAGAUAGCGAGAUCUGCUUCAAGUUUUUAAUAUAUAUGCUGUGCAAUUAUAUUUUACUUUCAGCAUUUUAUUAUCAAAGGAGGAUUGAUACAUCUUUCCAAAUGUGUGUUUUUUUUUUUUUCAUAAGUGUCAUUUUUAGCAGGUAGUUGUUUGAUGGCCUGAUAUGUUUUUUCUUCCUUUUCAGGAAAGUUCAUCGUGGAGAUCCUGACUGCUUCCUAG